GACGGCAACAAGCAAAGGGUCAAGUUGCCACAAUGUUGAGAGGGCUGAUAUAUUUUGUUGCUCUGCUACACAGCUGUGUUAACAUCCACGAUGGCCCCAUUAGGAUAUACUUUUCAGGGGGAACAAAAGGUAUUGUUCUUAAUGGAUCAGAUAUUCCUGCCCGGGGCACCAUUUUAUGGGAAUGGACCCCUCACCAUCAACAAUUGACCACAAAGACAUUGGUCAGAAUGAAGGCCAAAGGCCUAGAAUGGAAAACCGAGCAAGUUUAUCAAGUUAUGCAAAACAGUAAAACCAAAUUCCACCUGAGAAAUCACUCUCUUGAUCUUACUAUUGAAAAUGUGCUUGAAGCAGCUGGAUUAUUUACCUGUCGACAGACAGAACCUGAGGAGAGAAUACUGAAACAGUAUGAAAUAUUUGCUAUCAAAGUUGACCGAGAUCCUCGCUAUCCAUUUCUAGGCAGUGAUGUCUCCCUCAGCUGUACCAUUUCCAGACUUGCUGAUACAGUCACUCUCCAAUUGAAAUCCAGAGCCCCAUCUCAGCAGAACAGGAUGAACAACACCAAUCAGAUCCAACUGAAUAACACCGUCUAUCUGAUAUUAAAAGAUAGUCAAGUAGAUGAUGCUGAACAAUAUGCAUGUGAAAUACAAGAUAAUGGAAGAACUGUUCAUUCUGUUCCAAUUGAAUUGACCUUCAGCACCUCUGAUUUUGGUAGGCGGUAUACAAGUUAUUGGCCAAUCUUUGAAAAUAAUUCACUGAACCUGAACUGCAGAUGUAAGUCGAAGUACAAUGAGUCCAUGUGGAUUUUGGAAAUAUACAAUCAUAUAAGAAUCAACAUCAUCUCUACUGAUAAUAAGGACAAGGGGAACGCAAGCAUCUCAAAGAUUCAGAAUCGAGUCAUCCUGAAACAGUUUGAUGGGAUGAGCUUCCCUCUACAGAUUUUUCCUGUGCAGUUUGAAGAUGCAGGAACUUACACAUGUACCAUGGACACAAUGGAAGCAGUGAAAAUUAAACUGAUCACCAGCCAAGUGACAGUUGUUCCCUCUUGCCCUCUGACUGUUGGAGACAAUGUUGAACUUAAAUGUUCUGUUUCUCAUGUCUGUAAUGCAACAAGGCUUGCUUGGAUGGAUAACGACAGGAAAGUUCUUGUUAAAGAAAAACAUUUCAAUCUCUCGGGUGAAGCAAACAACAGCCUGUCAUUGCUUAUUCCAAAGAUUGGACAACAUAACAGAAGCUGGACCUGCCUUGUAUUUAAUGGGACCAUGUUAAAAUUUCAUAUCACACACAAACUUGCAAUUAAUGAAAAGAAUCAAUUUGUUUUUUUGAAUUAUAUUCUCAUUUUUGCCACCCUUGUGCUGCUUCCGUGCUUCAUUGUUGCUGUAAUCAGGUGCCUCAGGAUGAUCAAUGAACCAGCCAAUGAAUGUCAAAGCGAACAUGACUUUGGUGAUGCAAUUUCAAACUCUGAGUCAGUUGCAGAAGAAAUUCAUUAUGCUUCUGUCAUUUUUCAAAAGAUGAGCCCAGGUCAUACCCUCAAUGAACAUUCUGAUGUCCAGCCUUCAGAAGAGAUUCGAGGAGCUUCAGAUGGAAAUGAGUCAUCCGUAAUCUAUAGUGCCAUAGUUAAGUAGAACAUUCUAGUUCAUGUCUGCUUAACUGAAAGAAGACAAGAUGGAGGAGACAACCUUUUUUGUCAAAAUGUAGCUGAUUAUCGCACAAGUUAUAUAUGUUUGGAUAUUAUCUUUUGAUUUCAGAGUGACAGAAAAGAAGCACAGCUUUAUGAAAGGUGCAGCAAUGUUGUCAUUUUUAAAUAAGUAUUUGGAGCGCUCUUUAAAUUUGUCACAGUGAUUGAGCUGAUAUGCUAUCAUGUUACACAGUAAAGUUCUCUAUGAUACAACAUAAUAUACAUAUACUUUCAACAUAAUGUACUUGAGAGUGACUCUAGGCAUGACGUGUCCUUUCAGGAACAAAUGAAGAAAACAGCAGAGGAAAGGUAAAAUGUAGAAAAAUCUUUUAACUAAACUUGCUAGAUUUACUUAGGGUAAUGCUGUCACAGUAGUCUGAAUCUCAGCACUUGUCCUAACAUACUCACAAAAGCAUAUUCUGCACAUAUCUGGCAAAGGUCAUUGCACACAUAUCUCAUGGACAGUCAGUUGAAUACAACAAUAUUGACCAUAAAUGGAACGCUUUGACUUAUUGCUCUCCCCAUUUCCUGUCCUCAAAAAUAUCAUCUGCCAAGAGAUGAAAACAUAUAAGCCAGCGGAAACCAUUCAUGUUGUACUUCACUUUCCCAUGCCAUAGUAACCUGAUCAACCCACUUUUCAUCCUGGUGCCCAAUAUGGGGCAAGAAUCAUCUGCAAAACCUACGAGCAAACAUGCUUUAGAUUGAGGAAUGGCAAACAAUAUCAAGCUCCUUGUGACAUACCCCAUCUGUCGAGUGUCUGGCUUUGAUCUACCAUUGUGAGAUUUGUCUGUGUUAAACAGAUUUAGGACAGGCCACGGCCCCUGUGCAGCCAAUCUCCACUACUGAGCCUCAGUACAUAUCCCUUACGUGCUUGUGGAGAAAUUGAAACAGCACUGCUCAUUCCAGAGGAGCAUCUCCUCUACAGAAUAAUUGGUGGACUAAUAAUCUUAAGCUAAGAAAAUGAGGAGGCUAUCACUUAACA